AUGGCGGCCCGGGCGGUGCUGGACGAAUUCACGGCGCCCGCGGAGAAGGCGGCGCUGCUGGAGCGGAGCCGCGGCCGCAUCGAGGGCCUGUUCGGCGUGAGCCUGGCGGUGCUUGGCGCGCUCGGGGCCGAGGAACCGCUGCCCGCGCGCAUCUGGCUGCAGCUCCGCGGGGCGCAGGAGGCGGUGCACAGCGCCAAGGAAUAUAUUAAAGGAAUCUGUGAACCUGAACUAGAAGAAAGAGAAUGUUAUCCCAAGGCCAUGCACUGUAUUUUUGUUGGGGCACAGAGCCUGUUUCUGAAGAGCUUGAUUCAGGACACAUGUGCUGAUCUCUGCAUUCUGGACAUUGGUCUUCUUGGCAUCAGAGGAAGUGCUGAAGCUGUGGUCAUGGCUAGGAGUCACAUUCAGCAGUUCGUAAAGCUCUUUGAGAAUAAUGAGAACCUACCCAACAGUCAGAAAGAAUCCGAGGUAAAAAGGGAAUUUAAACAAUUUGUUGAAGCUCGUGCAGACAAGUAUACAAUGGACUUGUUAAUUUUGCCCACUUCCUUGAAAAAAGAGCUUUUGACACUUACACAAGGUGAGGAGAAUUUAUUUGAAACAGGAAAUGAUGAUGUCACUGAAAUUGGAGAUUCUAAACGAACAGAGUUUACACAGGAUGCUGCCACAGGGCUGAAUAUUUCCAGAGAUGAAAUUGUUUUGCAGGAAGAUGCAAGAAAUAAAGCUGGCACUCCUGUUUCUGAGCUUACAAAACAAAUGGACACAAUCUUUUCUAGUUCACAAGAUGUACUUUUUGUUCCAAUAAAUGGUCUAACCCCAGAUGAAGAGGCACUUUCCAAAGACAGAAUUUGUCAUAAAAGGAGAUUUUCUGAUUCUGAAGAAAGGCAUACGAAGAAACAGUUUUCUUUGGAAAAUGUUCAAGAGGGGGAGCUUUUACAUGAUGGUAAGACAUUAGCUGGAAAUGUAAUCAUUGACCUAUCUGAUUCUUCGGCGGAUCCUGAAAAUUUAAGUCCAGAUGUAAAGGACACCACUGAGGAAAUGGAAUACAAUAUCCUUGUGAACUUUUUUAAAACCAUGGGCUAUUCCCAAGAAAUUGUUGAAAAGGUCAUUAGGGAGUAUGGGCCAUCUACUGAACCAUUAUUGCUCUUAGAAGAAAUUGAAAAAGAAAAUAAGAGAUUCCAAGAAGACAGAGAAUCUUCACCUGGUACUAUGUGUCCGGAGACCAACAGAACCAAAAAUAAAGGUGUUUGUAGCAGCAUAAAUGAGCUUACAACAGAUUCUACUCCAAAGAAAAUACAAACUCACACACAGCAAAAUAUAGUAGAAAAAUUUUCUCAGUUACCAUUCAAAGAAUCAAAACCAUGUACCUCAAAUUGCAAAAUUAAUGCUUUCAAAACAGUGCCGAUAGAACAGAAACAAGAAAUCUGGAGUUCAAACCAGAAUUAUAUGUGUAACAUGGACCUUGAAACUGAUGGCCUUUCACCCUCUGUUGUCCCUUCAAGUCCCAAAGAAGUUGUCAGUUUUGUUUCCAGAGGCGCUUCAAGUCACCAGCCCAGAAUUCCAGUUUUUCCUGAAAAUGGUUUGCAGCAGCAAGCAGAGCCCUUGCUUCCAAGUAAUGUGAAGUCUGCCUGUGAAAACCGUUCCGGGUGUUGUAGCUCUCCACAGUCUAAGUCAAAUUGUCCACCCCUUUCUCCACCAAUGCCACUGCCCCAGCUCCUACCUUCAGUUACUGAUGCAAGGUUGGCGGGACCGUCUGAUCAUAUUGAUUCCUCAGUUACGGGCGUUCAAAGGUUUCGAGAUACUCUGAAAAUACCCUACAAGCUUGAAUUAAAAAAUGAGCCAGGGAGAACAGAUUUGAAGCACAUUGUUAUAGACGGGAGCAAUGUCGCAAUUACCCACGGUCUGAAAAAGUUCUUUUCUUGUCGUGGAAUUGCAAUUGCGGUUGAAUAUUUUUGGAAGCUUGGCAACAGAAACAUCACUGUAUUUGUCCCACAGUGGAGAACAAGACGUGAUCCUAAUGUCACAGAACAGCACUUCUUAACCCAGCUCCAGGAGCUUGGAAUAUUAUCUUUAACUCCUGCCCGGAUGGUCUUUGGAGAAAGAAUUGCUUCUCAUGAUGACAGGUUUCUACUACACUUAGCGGACAAAACUGGUGGCAUAAUUGUAACAAAUGAUAACUUCAGAGAAUUUGUGACUGAGUCAGUCUCUUGGAGAGAAAUUAUUACAAAAAGAUUGCUUCAGUAUACCUUCGUCGGGGAUAUAUUUAUGGUUCCUGAUGACCCUCUGGGAAGAAGCGGACCUCGAUUAGAGGACUUUCUUAGGAAAGAAGUCUUCCUUAGAGAUAUGCAGCCCCUGCUCAAUGCCUUGCCAAAUGUGGGCAUAUUUGACGCCAGCUUCAGAGUCCCUGGGGCCCAGGCAGCCAGCACCAGCCACCAGCCUCCAGCCCGGAUUCAGGGUGCCCCACCUAGCCACUGGCUCCCUCAGCAGCCCCGCUUCCCAGUUCUGUCGAACCUUCCCAGUAUGCAGCAGAACGUGCCCAUGCCAGCACAGAGGUCUCCUGCAGAAACCAGCGAGCUGAGGGAAGCACUUCUGAAGAUCUUCCCUGACUCCGAGCAGAGACUGAAAAUCGACCAGAUAUUGGUGGCCCACCCAUACAUGAAAGACCUGAACGCACUGUCUGCCAUGGUGUUGGACUGAAGGCCACACUUGAGCUAGUGUCUGCACGUGGCAGCAGGAAGCGACAUAAUGUGAAGAGACCGAUUUCCCAGUGGAAAUGC